AUGGCGGACCAAACUGAAAAAAAACUAUUAUUAAUUUCGACAAUUAGUACUGCACAGACUGUCGAAGAAGUUGCCCACAAAGCAAAACUAUCCAUUCAAUCUGCAUCACGUAGUGAUCAAUUUGAAUUCAGCCAAAAUGUAAUUCCAAAUCUCCUACCCAUUCAAUAUCCAAUACAUAAUAAUCAGUUUCAAUUCAGUCAAAAUGUAACUUCAGAUCCACCAUCACUGCGUACUCCAUUUAUUAACAAUGAUAUGAGAACGCCAACAAUCGUUACAGAAUGGCCAGUUCCAGACGCGUGGUCUACAGAUGAGAUCACUGCAUCGAUUUGGAUGCAGUAG